GAGCAGAGCACCGGGUCCGACUCUGAGGUGCUCACGGAGCGCGCUGCCUGCUCAUUCGGCGGUCACGCAGAGCUGGUCCCUGGAGCUGCCGGACCCGUGCCUGCCGCCAUGUCAUCCAUGGAGGAGAUCCAGGUGGACCUUCAGUGCGCUGAUCUCUGGAAGAGGUUCCAUGAUAUCGGGACCGAGAUGAUUAUCACCAAAGCAGGCAGGAGGAUGUUUCCUGCCAUGCGAGUGAAAAUUACUGGUCUUGACCCUCACCAGCAGUACUACAUCGCGAUGGACAUUGUACCCGUGGACAAUAAAAGAUACAGAUAUGUAUAUCACAGUUCGAAGUGGAUGGUGGCUGGCAAUGCAGAUUCUCCCGUGCCUCCCAGGGUGUACAUACACCCCGAUUCUCUGGCUUCCGGAGACACCUGGAUGAGGCAGGUGGUCAGCUUUGACAAACUCAAGCUGACCAACAACGAAUUGGACGAUCAAGGACAUAUCAUCCUGCACUCCAUGCACAAAUACCAGCCCCGAGUGCACGUGAUCCGGAAGGACUUCAGCAGUGACCUCUCGCCCACCAAGCCGGUUCCUGUGGGAGAGGGGGUGAAGACAUUCAACUUUCCCGAGACCGUGUUCACCACCGUCACGGCCUAUCAGAACCAGCAGAUCACCAGGUUAAAAAUUGACCGAAACCCUUUUGCUAAAGGAUUCCGAGAUUCUGGAAGAAACAGAACUGGACUCGAAGCCAUCAUGGAGACCUAUGCGUUCUGGAGACCGCCUGUGCGCACCCUGACCUUUGAGGACUUCACCACCAUGCAGAAGCAGCAAGGGGGCAGCACCGGCACAUCCCCAACCACCUCCAGCACGGGGACACCAUCCCCUUCAGCUUCUUCUCAUCUUCUAUCUCCAUCUUGUUCUCCUCCCACUUUCCAUUUGGCCCCCAACACUUUCAACGUGGGCUGUCGGGAGAGCCAGCUGUGUAACCUCAACCUCUCUGAUUACCCGCCCUGUGCCCGAAGCAACAUGGCCGCCUUGCAGAGCUACCCGGGGCUGAGUGACAGUGGCUACAACAGGCUUCAGAGUGGCCCCGCGUCUGCCACCCAGCCCUCUGAAACCUUCAUGGCUCAGAGGACUCCAUCGCUCAUCUCAGGAAUCCCAGCUCCUUCCUCGUUGUCCAGCAAUAGCAAGAUGGAAGCCUACGGUGGCCAGCUGGGGUCAUUCCCCACUUCCCAGUUCCAGUACGUCAUGCAGGCGGGCAACGCGGCCUCCAGCUCUUCAUCCCCACACAUGUUUGGGGGCGGCCACAUGCAGCAGAGCUCCUACAACGCCUUCCCCCUGCACAACCCCUAUAACUUGUACGGAUACAAUUUCCCCACAUCCCCUAGGCUGGCCACAAGCCCCGAGAAACUGAGUGCCUCCCAAAGCACUUUAAUCUGCUCCUCGCCUUCCAACGGGGCCUUUGGAGAGCGGCAGUACCUGCCCGCGGGGAUGGACCACGGCAUGCACAUGAUUAGCCCUUCACCCAACAACCAGCAGGCAGCCAGCACCUGCGAUGGCAGGCAGUACGGGGCCGUCCCUGGCUCCUCCUCUUCCCAGAUGUCUGUGCACAUGGUGUAGAGCACUGCCAGGAUGGCACGGAGACCCCCCACGGCCUCCUGCGCAGAUCCUCCUUUUGGGAGCCCCAGUGCCUUUGGAAAGCAGUAACUAUGUU